UUCAGAUCCUUCUCAGCUUGCUAGGUGCAGGGGAAAAGUGGACAAGCGUGAGCCGUAAGGAUCGAGUGUGCUUUUAUUUUGAAAGCCGUUUUCCGUUGUCGCACGAGGUACUAUUGGCAUUGAUGCGCCUCCGACUGCACAAGAAGCACUUUGUCUGAGGGAAAAGGGGUGAGGGAGGGGGCGGUGUCGAUAGAAGAAAGAGGGGAGGUGGAGGGGAGCUGAGUCGGACUUGGCUGAUUAACUUGCACCGCAGACCCCCAGAGCAGAACAGUCCAGGAUCUGGGCGAUAACGCGCGGUGAUCGUGGUCGUGGGGGUCGAGAGAGAUCCAGGUAGAAAGGAGUGGGACAUACAGAAUCGGGAUGCAGCAGGACGCGGGGUUUGGAGGGAACACGCGUGCCUCCUCACAAACCGCGCGCUGUAAUGGAGAUGGUGAUGCACCAAGAACAGAACAGCAGAUUCCUGCAGAGCCACACACGCUGCCCCACAGCCCCGCAACCCAGCGCCAGCCGUUGCAGGGAUAGACCCUUCUCGCUGUUAAAACCUCGCCAAGAAAAAAACGGAUUUCCAAACUGAUGCUCGAGCCAAACAACUGGAUAACAGACUACCUUGCUCCUCCAUUCAUACCCCCACCGCGUCUGCGGGAUGAGACGGGGAUUCGGGACGGACAGAGAGACCUGCUUUGAAAAGACUGCGUUUCACACCACAGGCUUCGCUCUGCUGGUGGUUUUGAGAAACAGAUAAGAAAAAAAAAAAAGGAGAGGGAUAGAGGGAAAAUAAAAUAAAAGGGAAAGAUGUUUCUGCGAUGCUACCGGGCCAAAUUGUCGGCGUGGGCCGCUCUGUGCGUGCUGGUGCUUUGCUGGUUUUACGUUUUCCCUGUCUACAGACUGCCGAGCGAUAAAGAAAUAGUGGAGGAGGUGCUGAGGCAGGGGGAAGACUGGCAGAAGAACCAGACCGGCAUCGAUUUGUACAGGAAGCUGCUGUCAGAAUGCUGCGAUCCGAAGCGGAUGUUUGCAGUGACCAAGGAGAACUCCCCUGUGGGCAAAGUCCUGUGGUACGAUGGCGAGUUUUACUACUCGCACACGGUCAACAACAACACGUACUCUCUCUUUGUACAGGAAAACCCUUUGCAGCUUCCCCUGAAGAAGUGUGCGGUGGUGGGCAAUGGCGGCAUUCUCAGGCACAGCAAGUGUGGCAGGGAUAUCGACCAGGCCGACUUUGUUAUGAGGUGUAACCUUCCACCAAUCUCAAAGGAAUAUGCGGAGGAUGUGGGCACAAAGACACAUCUGGUUACAGCCAACCCAAGCAUCAUAGAGAAAAGAUUUCAGAGCCUUCUGUGGUCAAGAAAAGAUUUUGUGGAUAGUAUGAAGGUCUAUGGCUCAAGCUACAUCUACAUGCCUGCGUUUUCCAUGAGGCCUGGCACAGACCCAUCACUGCGGGCAUAUUACACACUGGCAGAUUCCUCCUCCAACCUCACCAUGCUUUUUGCCAACCCUGAAUUCCUACGCACAGUGGGUAAAUUUUGGAAAUCCCACGGUGUGCACGCCAGGCGCCUAUCCACAGGGCUCUUCCUGGUGAGCUUAGCCCUAGGACUGUGUGAGGAAGUCACAACCUACGGCUUCUGGCCGUUUUCCGUCGACCUGGAUCAGCGACCGGUCAGCCACCAUUACUACGACAACAUCCUGCCCUAUAAAUGGUUCCAUGCCAUGCCUGAGGAGUUUGUCCAGCUUUGGCAUCUGCACAAAAGCGGCACACUUCGUGUGAGGGUGGGACGUUGCGCCCCUCAGGAAGGAGGAAGUUAGAGCGCCUUGAAAAGUGAAGCGAUUGCACACAGCUCCAUCUGUCUCCCUACGCAUUCCUGCUGUAAACCCCCAAUCCCCACCCCCACCCUAGCCCAGCUGAUCCCUAAUUACUAUGAGAAUGUCCUCCACCCAUAUGAGCCACACUAGGGAAAAAGGAACACAGUGACACAUGCAGGCACACACUCACACUACAUAACAUAUUUACACAUUCCUGAAACUAGCCAUAUCUACCUGUGUUUCUGAAAUUGUGUAUGUGUGCAUGGUUGAGUGUCUGUAUGGAAAGCAUCAUCUGGGACUAAUACAUGUGAAAGUAUGGGAGUGGAUGGUUGGGGGAUGGAUUUUGUGCACUGACUGUGUGUAACUGACAGAAGGGGCAGCUGGAGCGCAUUCCCCUCUGGGACUUUGUUAAUCAAGAAUAAAAGAAGUGGAGGGCGGAAAGGGGGACAAAUAAGACUAAAAGACUAGAGAUAAUGGUAGUUCCUAGUAACUUGAAUAGAAGCUAAAUUUAAUAGAGGAAGGGAAAAAGGUAAACUUUGAAGUUGAGUCAUUAAAAGCCAUCGGCCAAGAUUUUAAAUAGUCUAAAAAUUUUACGUUUGAACCUGGACCUCUCUUCCACCGAAGAUUACCAAAUUCAGUUUCUGAGGGUCCAAAGUCCAUCAUUAAAACGUCUUAGCUUCACUUGCUGUCAUCUGAAUUUUAUCCUCGUCAAGCUACAUCUUUUAUUGUUGAAUUUAAAUGUAAAUUUCUGCUAAGGAUGUCAGCUUUAUCUAAUAACAAAAACUCAAUUGAGUGGUGAGGUGAAUAAGAUGACUCUUGAUACAUAUUCAUACUUCAGAGUACGCUGGAUUAAAACAGGUGCUCUGCUGUUUAUGUCCCUGUUGCCAGGAACCCUCCUUGUUAGCUUGAUCAAGGAGAGCUUUUUUUUCCACCACUCACAUACAUGUCUAACUCAGGGUGAACAUGCUCCGAGUUGACUGAACUAAGUGUUAUCAUCCUUUCUAGAGCCAAGAACUGAGUUUCCCAUCUUUUAUUUAAUCAGUUAGACUCAGUGUUUGAUGAAUCUGUCUUCUAGAACAGGACCAAGGGGAACAUGGGAAAAAACUAAAAGUCACACACACAUAUACACUAGGGGUGCAACGAUACUCGUAUCGAUAUUGAACCGUUCAAUACAGUGCUUUCGGUUCGGUACGCUUAUGUAUCGGACAAUACAACAUUUUUUAUUUAUUUUAUCAACUUUUCUUCUGACGAUGCUGUCUGUGUUGAGUGGUCAGUUGAAGAAAGAAGAUUAAAAGUUGUGUUUAUAGAAGGAUUUUUCUCUGGUUUCCUUUAAACAAGCGCUGGGGUGCCAAAUAGAGCUUUAGUUCAAAGUAAAAGCCAUUAGAAAUGUUGUCUUAAGUACGAUAUUCCCUAGAAUGUUUAGCCAAGAUGCAUUUUAACCUGGUGUUCAAAUGGUUUUCUUUGCCAAAUGGGAUUUUUCAGGACUAUGACAAUUCUUUUUUUUAAGGUUCAUUGUCAAGGGGAAAACAUCUAUAAGCAAAAAUGAACAUUUGCUAAUUAGACAAAAUGAACACACACACAUAAGUACCUCACCUUUUAUUUGACUCUAAUCAUCAAUGACUGAAUCUUUGGUACGUUUCCACUGCUAGCAGAACUCGUAGACCAAAAGAAGAAAAAGAAAAAUGCACAGCCAGUGCAUUUCUUCAGAGGGGCUGCUGGAAGUCGUCUCUUGGUAACUGUACUAUACUUGUCAAGUGCCAACAGUGGUCUCUUUGAUACAUGAUGUUGAAUUGAGUGAGGGCGUGACAGAAAGAGACAGAAAAAUCCUGUCACUAAAUUACAUUUCAAUCAGUGUUGUUUUUUUUAUCAUUACCUGAACUUAUGAGGUAAGUUUUGUGAUUUAUUCAUGCCGUUAUUGUCAUUUUACAUUGUAGCACAGGAAUAACUGAGCCUGUUAGAACUGUUUCUUUUUCUUUUUGUUUGCACAAGGGAAAAGUAACCUGCUGACACACAAGCCAACACGGCAUAUGUUUGUGUGGACUUGCAGCCCUUGCGGAUUGAAAGUGGUGUACUUGUUUUGAAAGAGCUGUUUCUUAAAAAUGCUGUAAAUGCUAUUUGAGAGUGAUAAAUGUGAUCAUGACAUGCUGUUAUUUAGCAACGAAGGAUGACUAACUGGAAAGUGCAUGGAGUAUUGUACCACAAUACUAUAUUCCUCUGAGUCAAAGUUGAACUAUGUUCAUAGGUUUGUGCUUUAUGUUCUUGUCCACUCUGAUACACUGAACAAGGUCCAGUGCCUUUAUGCUCUACUAAAGCGAAAAUAAUACUUUAAACAAGGGAUAUUUCUAAUGCUAAUCAUGUAUCUUGAUUUUCUUGGCUAAAUUUGGAUCAGUUGGACGAUAUGUGAUAUGUAAUAAUGCCUGAUGAUAUGUAAAUGUAACUUAAAAUGAGUUGUACACAUAGCUAGACCGUGUUAUAAUUUGAAAAAAAAAUAUGUCUAGUCAAAAUAUAUCUGUUGCUCUAUAAGACUUUGAAUUUGGCUGAAAUUAGCGCUGGUCUAGGUAUGUGAUUUAUUACUUUCUUGUACUUUCUAUUGGGAUGUUUCAUAUUUGCACCUUUAUUUCAUGUUGUGUUUCUUGUCCAGUGUAGUGAAUGAAUGAUAUGUGACAUAAUUUGAACUUUAGGAAAGCAUGAUGAUCUUUGAAUACUUAUGUGCAUUUGGUACCCAGACUUUUUAUGCUGUGAUGCAAGUUUUCAUUUGAUACUAUGAGUGAUUUGAGCAAGUGAAAACACUAUAAGCAAAGCUGCACUCGUCUAUGAAAGUGAAGUGAAUGUUAAUAUGUGUCCAUUAGCAAAAUUGCAGGUCUGAAACCAGUUAGCUAUCCCUGUACUAAAACACCUAUUUCACUAUGAGAAAUAUAAUUUAAAACAAUUUUCUUGGUUUCUGUGGAGUAAAUAUUUAUCUACAGCAAAGUGUAACUAGUAGCUUAGCAUACAGCUACAUAUCCCUGGCAAAAUCACAACUCCCAUUUAACUACCCAAGAUAAAACCAAACUGCAAUUUCUGAAGUAGCAACAAUACUAGACUUGGUCUGUUGCUUGUUGCAGAAAGUUGGGGGUAAAAACAUUAUAGGGAGAAAAUGCAUGAUACUUGCAUCCUAAAAAGUUUUUUUUUUUUUUGUUUGUUUUUUUUAAUGAAAUAGGUUUCCAAUUUUAAAAUGUGGCACAAUGAAUUUGAUAAACUCUCUUCUAAAACUCUUAAUUAUCAGUGUUGUUAAUUUUAUAAAAUAAUUAAUUUUGUUUUGUAAAUUACACAUAUAUUAAAGCAUAUUAGUCUACUGUUAGGAUAUAGCUGGCUUUUAUUUUGAAAAUCCAACACCCACUUGGCCUUUCUGUUAAUCAUUGUCAGGGUCUGAUGCUGUAGACUAAUUUCCAUCAGUAUGUGUAUGUGAGAAAGAGGAAGACAAGAGCAACUUUACAUUGUGAUUGGAAACUUAAUUAGCGCUAGAAGUACUUUUGGGUUUCCCAUACAUAAAUCAACCAGUCGGAUCAUGUUUAAUCAACAUGUCAGCUGUCAAGUUGCUUACACUUGUGUCAGUGACACAGCACUUAAAUGUACCAUUGUGAUUGUAUUCUGUGUAACUGAAAAAAUCUGUUAAAUUUUGCUUAGCACUACUCACAAGAGAUGGCUAGUGGUCAGAAUAACAGCUAAUAUUAUUAUUUAUAUGUAAUGUUCUUUUAUGUUAACCGACCCAAAAAGUGACAGAUCUGUGUUUGGGUUUUGUUUUUUUGUUGUUGUUUUUUUACCCCUAGUAUUAAAAAGUUUAUUGUUUCUGUGUUUCUUCAAAAAUUGCAAAAAAUUAUGAAAUAAUUUACUCUUAAACUAUUCCUAGAUUGCAAUUGCAAGUAAUUGCCUCACACAGAGGAAGUCACUUUGGUGUGAUAAUGGUGUUUCUGCAACAAACAAUGUAAGGGAGAUAACCAUUGAGGAAAACGUUUUAAAAAGUAAUCUAAUAAAAAAAAGUGCUUUGUAACAGUUAGACCAAAGAGCCAAUUAAACCACUUCACAGAUCCACGGAGAUAGACUUGACAGAACCAAUUUAACUUUUUUUUUAACUGUUUUUACUAACCCAAGCUAAGUAGCACUAGCUGUAAAUGUAUCUUAGAUUAGCUUAACUUACUGUAGCUCAGAAAUAACAACUAAAGUAACUAAACUAAAUCCACUAAUAGUCAACUCACACUCAAAUUUAAUCUUUGGUCAUCUGUGUACUUAAAAAAAAUGGAAAACAAAUUAAAGAUAAAAUUUUUAUAGCCCUAGCCUAUGAGCUUUGUAGCAUUUGGACAAAGGCUGCUUGCGUGUUUUUGCUAAGCUAAGAUAACUUGCUGCUGAUUGUACCUUUAGGACACAAAUGAUAUAUAUAUUUCCUAAAAUGUCAAACAAAAGACAGCAUUCUCUGAGGUUUUUGAAAAAAGUGCAAUUAAAAUAGAGCAUCACAGCAUAAACACAAAAGCAGUAUUGUUAGCUUAUUCUUUCCUGUCUCCGUCCAGCAUUUCCCAUCAAGCGCCAGUAUGUGUGGCUGCAGUGCACACUGUUAACACCCUUGUCAUAGAAAGGUUACAUGCUUUAUCUGCAGUGUUUUUAAAUUAGACACCUCCAUGUGAUGACAAAGUGAAACCUAUGAUUAGCUCUUAGUUCUGUAAUACAGUUCCACGCCGUCAUGGUAAUGAUAUCUUCUGCUAGGAAAACAGUGUUUUGUUGUCAUAGUGAGGGUUUAGUACAGCAAAUCAGGACUCAGAGCAGUUCCAGUUGCUUGUGAAAUCUUCACAUUUGUGUGUAAGGAGAAUAGUAAGGUGGGUCAGCAAGCACACUAAAUAAACCAGUUGUGAUCUGAUCAAUCUAAUCAACAGUUUCGCUAAGAAACUGCACAAGUUAAUGACACUGUGUAUAGGCGUUUUUGUUUUGCUAUCUGCAUCCUCAGUUCAAAUAGGAAGACAUUUUUAUGCAACCCAUGAGGGUAUUAAAAGGAAAUCUUUUAAAUUCCAAGACACUAGUCACAGAUCAUUGAAACGGAAAUAAUCAUGUGUAAAUACAGUUUGCCUUCCCACACCCCUGUGUUUGGAUUGAGAUGUGUCCAUAAAGUACAGCUUUUCUACACAUUUAAAUAUUCAAUGUUAUGCAAAGCUUUUUUGUUUUGUUUUGUUUUAAUUGCCGUGUACAUGUGUCUUAUCUGCCUUGACUGAGUACAUUUGAUAUAAAAAGAUGAAGAAAUCCAAACUUCUUGAAGGCGUUGCAUUUUGCUUUACUCUGGCUUGCUCCUUGUCCGCUCAUUGAAGUUAUGACAUGUUCCUGCCUCAGCAUGGUAAAAUAAAUCAGGACUGCUGUUGGACUAGAACCAGUUUUAUCUGCCACCUGGAAUAAACUGUGAAAGAUAAUUAAGAGGGGGAAAAAAACAAUGAAUCCAACUUAUCAAUAAACAAGUUGAAUAAAGGAAUCCAAUAAAAAAAGGAA